CACGCCUCGGCUGCUAUUGGCCAGCGCUGGUCACGUGAUCAAAACAGUGUCAUGGCGGCGUCCGCGGCGGUCCGGUCGGCCGUGAGUUUAACGCAGCGGUUUGUCCGAGUUUCGCCGGACUGCAGCAUCUGUCCGCUCUACCGACUCAACGUGUGUACAGGAGCCACCGACGGGUUUACCGCUCCGAACCGACGCCUGCGGACCAGCAUCGGUGUGUGUCAGAGUGAAGACAGCAGCUCACCGGAGGAGGACGAGCGAGUUGUGAAUGUGGUGUACGUCGACCGCUCCGGAGAGAGGAUUCCCGUCAAGGCCAGGGUCGGUGAUAACGCUCUUUACCUGGCGCACAAGCACGGCAUUGAGCUGGAGGGCGCCUGUGAAGCGUCUCUGGCCUGCUCCACCUGUCACGUGUACGUCAGCAGCGAGCACUACGAGAAGCUCCCGGAGCCCGAGGAACGGGAGGACGAUAUGCUGGACAUGGCUCCGAUGCUGCAGGAGAACUCGCGUCUGGGCUGCCAGAUCGUCCUGACUCCGGAGCUGGACGGCAUGGAGCUGACGCUGCCCAAGGUCACCAGGAACUUCUACGUGGACGGUCACGUGCCCAAACCUCACUGAGCAGCCGAAUGAACGGAUGGAUCGCAAAGCACUGUGGGAUACCGCCGCUAGACAAGCCUCUGGUUAAAGGCUGAUCGAACAUCCCUGAGCUUCUCAUCCGGUGAACUCUUGAGCUCCAGCUGAAUUCGGUGCGCAGGUAUUUCCACGUGAAGGACUCCGGCGCGGCGCUUCAUCAUCCUUCACAGACCCACAGCAUUAGAGAAUAGUGUACAUGUACUGAAAACAUCACAAUCCAACACCUGUUUCUCUCUGUCUCUCUUCUUCUGGAUGAAUGAAAUGAAGCCUUUUUUAGGACCGUUAAGAUUUUCCCCAUCGUUUCCCAUGACUGUAAUGCAGAUGUUGUAAUUCCCAUUAUCCUCCAUGACUUGCUGUACUGCAGAAAAAUAUUCCUGUGGUACGAUACCUUAUUGAUGAAAGGAAAAAUUAAAGAACGUGAAUGAUGCAAAAACGGGCUUCAUUUUCUUCAUACACAGUUUGACUUCUUAUGUCUUUGUUGUUUUUGUGGUGAAGUAUCAGCUGGACUUGAUCUCCACGUUUCAUGAGAUUCACCAAAAACAGAAACAUUCCACAGUAUAAAUAAUUUCAGGCUUUUAUAAAUGUUACCAUGUUCAGACUCCUGUGUGUGCCACUCAGAGAGAGUAAUGAUGUAGGAAGGGUCAGUUCAUCCGUCUGAAAGCCUCGGUCAGAUGCAGCUUCGCUGGAGACUGAUGUGUUUUACAGGAGGAGACAGAAGCUGCUGUUCUGCGCUUCAUUUCAUUAAUAAACACACAAACCUGUCAAACGCACAUUUCUCCUUCCUCUACUCGCUGUGCCCACAAAGUAUUCAUCGGUCUGUAAAAACCAUCAAUCUGUUAAGUUUGUUCAGUUAUAAAAUGUCAAGCUUGAUUCUGAUGUAUGAAAUAAACACUAGUGUGUCAUAGUAA